AUGGGGGCCAUGAUGAUGUGCCUGAGCCAGGAUGUGAGCUUGCUCCUGCCGGGUCUAUUUUUGCUACUGAUGAUCAUGGUUUCCUCCACCCAGAGUCAAGGGUGUCCCCAGCGUUGUGAGUGCAUGACUAGACUCAAAUCUGUGGCCUGUCGGGGCAAGCGCCUUUCUGCCCUGCCAGAUGGGAUCCCCUUGGACACCAAGGUCCUGGACCUGAGUGGAAAUAAACUUCGCUGGGUGGAGCACAGUGACCUGCUCCUAUUCUCACGUCUGGAGGAACUGGACCUAAGUGAAAACUCCAUCAGUGUGUUGGAACCUAAUGCUUUCUCCAGUCUUCACAGCCUGCGCUCAUUGUCUCUUAGGGGUAAUCAACUUAAACUGGUCCCCAUGGGGACCUUUUCACACCUCUCCAACCUAACCUCAUUGGACCUCAGUGGGAAUAAGAUAGUCAUUCUUCUGGAUUUUACAUUCCAGGACCUGAGAAGCCUGAAGAACCUGGAAGUUGGAGACAAUGAUCUGGUUUAUAUCUCCAACAAGGCUUUUCUGGGUUUAGUGGGACUAAGAGAGCUUACCAUUGAGAGGUGUAACCUGACCUCUGUCUCCAGCCAGUCUCUAUCUUACCUUCGUAGUCUGGUGACUCUGCGGCUCCGCUACCUCAGUAUCUCCGCUUUAGAAGACCAGAACUUCCGUAAGCUUGGAGGACUGAGGGGCCUUGAGAUUGAUCACUGGCCUUUUUUAGAGUACAUCUCCCCGCACAGUCUGCAGGGCCUGAACUUGUCAUGGCUGUCCAUCACACACACUAACAUCACCUCAGUGCCCACCUCUGCCCUACGUAGUCUGACUCAGCUCACCAGUCUAAACCUCUCCUACAACCCUAUCUCUUUCUUGGAGUCCUGGGCAUUGCGGGACCUGGUCCGGCUAAAGGAACUCCAUCUAGUCAACACCAACCUGGUGAUGGUGCAGCCAUAUGCGUUGGGUGGUUUGCGGCAAAUCCGCUUGCUUAACUUUUCCAUGAACAGUCUGGUGACCUUGGAGGAGGGGGCCUUCCAGUCUGUCAACACCCUGGAGACCCUACGUUUGGAUGGGAACCCCCUGGCAUGCGACUGCCGCCUGGUCUGGAUUCUACAGCGCAGGAAGACCCUCAACUUUGAUGGAGUGUCUCCUGUGUGCAUGACACCUGUAGAGGUUCAGGGCCGGGCCCUUAGUGCCUUCUCUGAUUCUGCCCUCUUUGACCACUUCACUUGCCAGAAGCCCAAGAUCCGCAACAGGAAGCUGCAGCAGAUCUCAGCCCGUGAGGGGCAGGUAGUGUCAUUCAUUUGUCGGGCAGAAGGUGAGCCAAUGCCAGUGAUAUUCUGGAUCUCUCCACAACGCCGCCGCAUCACCACAAAGAGCAAUGGCCGCCUCACCGUAUUACCAGAAGGUACACUAGAGAUCCGAUAUGCACAGGUAACAGAUAGUGGAACCUACAUCUGCAUUGCCAGCAAUGCAGGCGGAAAUGACACCUACUUUGCCACACUUACAGUUAGUGGGUUGCCACUAGAUGCAGCCCUCAUGGCCAACCGUACCUAUUAUGCUGGGGAUCUAAAUGAUACAAAUCUAAAUGACACCAGAGUCUUCUUAAAAUUCACUCUGGACCUAAAGACCAUCCUCAUAUCAACUGCCAUGGGCUGUAUUAUGUUCCUGGGGGUGGUUCUCUUUUGUUUUAUUCUGUUAUUUGUGUGGAGUCGAGGGAGAGGACAGCACAAGAACAAUUUCUCAGUGGAAUACUCCUUCAGGAAAGUGGAUGGUCCUGCCACCAGUGGAGGACAGGGAGGGGCACGCAAGUUCAACAUGAAAAUGAUAUGA